CUUCUUGUUCUCUUUUGGUUUUCUUCAUUACAAUGAACGCAACGCCAUCGACGUCCGUAGUAGCUAAUGGUUUUUCGAGUAAUGGAGCUACGCCUCUCACCGGACAGUCAGAACGCUCGUUCGACGGCAGUCACGAUGAGCCAACGAAUUUUGCUGUGGCCAAUGGAUUCUCGCAGUGAGUCUGUUGAUUUAAUGUCUCUCCUUUCUUGCGUGCGACUUUCUGACCUUUGUGUCCACCUUUCGAACGCGUGGCAAUCGUGAAUUUACUCAACCUACGCAGUCCUCCUUACCAAAUGCACAACGAGGAGAUUGUACAUCACCUCUAUCAUGCGGGAUUUCAGACUGGUAAUUAUGCCGACACCAUACUUCAUGUGCAUCAAAACACCUACCGCCUUCAUGCCAUCGUUCUUUCAAGAUCACCGCUACUAGCGCAUCUUAUGUCAACCUCGCCUCAAACUGGGGCUCAGCGCGUGAUAUAUGUACAGCUAGAACACGAGCCAGAGGUUACCCAAGAAGGCUUUGCCAUAGCGCUAGGAUAUCUAUAUUCAUCGGUUUCGCUAAGUCUCAUCCGGCCCGGUAAUGCACGAGGAGUACUUGCAGCUGGUUGUCUACUUGGAGGCAUGGAUGAGUUGUGUGGUUAUGCUUAUGAUGCAUGCAGACAAUCGAUCGACGUGGAGACAAUCAAUGAAUGGCUCAAGUUUAUCGACACGAUCCCUUCAUCACCGGAUGGAUCUCUUACGCCUGAACUAUCGUUUACGUCUGUCUUUGGCCAUUAUGCCCAAAGAUUGCGAGAUGAUGUUUUCCACUUCCUCGUGGUGACACUCCCGAAUGCCCUGGAAAUUAAUUCAUCCGAGUCUGAUCCAUCACAAGGCCAGUGCACUGGUCGUGACACCCUGUUGCGUGUAUUUUCCCUUGUGCCCUUCGACAUGUUCAAAUCGGCGGUGGAAUCACGGGCGUUUGAAAUUGGAUCUGAUCAAACCCGUUUUAAGUUCGCGAAGGAUGUUAUAGAGAUGAGGAAGAAGGGGAUUGCACGGGGACACGGGGCAGAAGAAACGGUGGUUUUGGCGUUCGGCGGAGGGCAUCCUAGUGGAAGUGCCGUUCACGUCACUCGAAAGAUGCGAAAGCGACCCCUAUGGAAGGUCAACUCAUAAAAACCGAAUCUUGUUGUUGAUUACUCUUGCCAGAUAUGAUCGCAUGCACGCAAAAGCUCAGGAAUGAUAUGUCGAUCGUGUAUACCUGAAAGGCAAUCGCUUGGCAGUUAAUAUUAGCCUUUUAGCUGCACAGAACGCUCCGGAACUUGUGGAAAAUUACUUACCUUUUACAGGCUGAGAACAGCCAGCACUGACAAUGACUUGCUCUGGUAGCGUCGUCGGGUUCGGAAAACUCCAGCCCGAAACCUGCCUCCACCUUUCCCCAGGGCACGAGUGUUCUACGUGAAUGUAACCACGCGCUAGCGCGCGUCAGAUUCCAAGCCGAUCGCCC